GAGGACUUCGUUUCCUCCCUAACAAUGCUCCCCGCCGAGUCCGACAUCAUCACCGAGGCUGUCCACGGUGCCUCCAGCACCCUCGACAGCCGCCACUUCGCCGAGGAGUUCCUGCGCCGCAAGAAGCUCGCCGACAAGGGCCUCGUCGACGCCGCUCCCCUCAAGUCAGCCUCGCCUCACCACGCGGCGGGCGAAGGCAAGGCCGGUGGCUGGAACGAGGUCGCGAAGAAGGGCCCCAGCGGCGGCCUGGGCAAGGAGAUUGGUGCUGCGGCUGGAGGAAAGGAGGACGCCGCGGCGGCGGCGGCUGGCGGGAACGGAAUGUUUCGUGUUGUGCCGGCGAAGAAGAAGGGCGGUAAGAGGUAG